GGCUCUGCCGACUCGAACUAUUCACAUCCCUCGUCCGAUCUCUCACUGGACGAGGACAGAGAGACCGUGCGGCGAGAGACAGAGCGGCAGGCACUGGCGCAGCUGGAGAAGGCACGGACGAAGCCGGUGGCGUUCGCCGUGAGGACCAACAUCGCUUACGAUGGCAGCCUGGACGACGACUCUCCCGUGCACGGCUCGGCUAUCUCGUUCGACAUCAAGGACUUCCUACACAUCAAGGAGAAGUACGACAACAACUGGUGGAUCGGCCGGCUAGUCAAGGAAGGCGCCGAGGUGGGCUUCAUCCCUUCGCCGGCCAAGCUGGAGACGCUGCGACUGCAGCAGGCGGGCAGCACCCGCAGCCAGGCGCGGCCUCCGCCGGCCGGCGCCGGCAACGACAUGCUCUCCACCAGCUUAGAUGCUGAUCAGAACGGUACGGAGGCCAAUGCGGGGGAAGACUCAGACUCAGUGGGUAAAGGGAAGCCUUCGUUGACCACUCCUCUCGCCAGAGAAAAACGGAAGCCGUUCUUCAAGAAACAGGAGAACCUGGCCCCAUACGAUGUUGUGCCUUCAAUGCGGCCCCUUGUGUUAGUGGGGCCCAGUCUUAAGGGUUACGAGGUCACUGACAUGAUGCAGAAGGCUGUCUUUGACUUCCUCAAAAACAAAUUUGAAGGGAGAAUAAUCAUCACUCGCGUCACUGCUGACAUCUCGAUGGCGAAACGGAAUCUGCUGAACAACCCGUCAAAGCGAGCAAUCCUGGAGCGAACCAGCCCCCGUUCCGCCUGUGUCAGCGAGGUGUCGGCAGAGAUCGAGCGAAUCUUCGAGUACGCUCGAACGCUGCAGCUGGUGGUCCUGGACUGUGAUACUAUUAACCACCCGUCUCAGCUGGCCAAGACGUCUCUAGCACCGAUACUGUGUCACAUAAAAAUCUCCUCACCAAAGGUGCUCCAGCGGCUGAUAAAGUCGCGCGGCAAAUCACAAUCGAAGAACCUGACGGUGCAGAUGGCGGCUGCUGAGAAGCUGGACCAGUGCCCGCCGGAAAUGUUCGACAUCGUGCUGGAUGAGAACCAGCUGGAGGACGCGUGCGGCCACCUGGGCGAGUUCAUGGACUCGUACUGGCGCGCCACGCAUCCUCCGGUCAAGUCUCCGCCGGCCAGCAUCCAGCGGCCGGUCCCGUCCCCGCACGCCUCGCCGCGGAUGGAGCAUUCUGGCCUGGCGCGGCCAGGCGUCACGCCACCCGUUCACCAUGAAUCUCAGUACGAGAGCUUCGAGGGAGAGGAUCGGGACGUCUACCGGGGCCACCAGGCGCCGCACGAGCGGCGCGAGGAGGACGAGUACGAGGGGGAGGUGACGUACCGGUCCGACCGGAGAGCCCGGCCGGCCCAGCACGGCCACGCCCACCGCCCGGAGCCGUACAGCCCGUCACCACCGCCACAGACCGCCUCGCGACACGCGCUCAACGUGUAGUGGUGUGGCGCCACCGGCCUGUCCCGAGAGGCGAGCGUCGGCGCGGAGACGUACAGUGCGCGGCCGCCAGAGGCGCUCGUGGUCUCCAGCUCGUGGCGCGCCGGCCCCGAACUGAUCGUGAGGUAAAUGCCAUGCAUGCCGGGUCGCUCGCCCUUCUACCAGCGAUUUGGACGCUUUAUCCACUGACGGGUUCUAUUCUUGACCAAAUAUCUUGUUAUUGAAUUAUGCACAAAUGGUCUGUCCCGUGUACAUAGAAGCCAGACGUCAGAUCGGUUCGUUCGUGUUCAACCGCUUUUGCAUCUGCCGUACUUUUUCAAAUUGAUUAGGCUGUCCUCGACCGUCUUGCAUUGUUCUUGUGCAUCGUGUGAUAUUUCUGGGGCUGCUUUAUGUGUCACAGAGUCAGGCGUAUAUUUGGUCGAACGGUGGAAUUGUUAUACAAUCCAUGAGG